AUGCCCAAUCGACUAAGCCAAGAAACCAGCCCGUAUUUGUUGCAGCACUCGGAUAAUCCCGUUGACUGGUAUCCAUGGGGAGAAGAGGCGUUGAGCCGGGCCCGCGAUGAGGACCGACCCAUUCUGCUGAGCAUUGGCUAUUCGGCUUGCCACUGGUGCCAUGUUAUGGAACGUGAGUCCUUUGAAAACGAGGAAAUCGCCUCGCUGAUGAACGAGAAUUUCGUCAACAUCAAAGUUGACCGGGAAGAACGGCCCGAUCUGGACGCUGUGUACAUGGAAGCGGUUCAAAUGCUGACGGGCAGGGGUGGGUGGCCCAUGACGGUGUUCCUGACCCCGGAGGGACGUCCCUAUUAUGGUGGAACCUACUUCCCUCCUGAAGACCGGCAGGGUAUGCCUGGUUUUCCGCGGCUGUUGGCCGCUGCCAGCGAGGCGUACCGCACCAACAAAGGAGAAAUCGAACGGGUCACACGGCAAUUGGCCGAUCAAAUGGGACGCUCCGGUCAAAUGCCCCGGGGAGUUAACCCACUGACAACGGAGGUCAUGCACACGGCAUAUUCACAGUUGGCCACUCAGUUCGACCAUUUGAACGGAGGUUUUGGCAACGCACCAAAGUUCCCGCAGCCCAUGACGCCGGAAUUCAUGCUGCGCUACGCCCAGCACGGAUUCAAUCCGCGAGCGCUGGAGAUGGUGCAGCUAACGUUGCAAAAGAUGGCGUACGGCGGCAUCUAUGACCAGGUAGGCGGCGGGUUUCAUCGUUAUUCUACGGACGCCUACUGGCUGGUUCCCCACUUCGAAAAAAUGCUGUAUGACAACGCGUUGCUGGCACGCCUGUACUUGCACGCCUGGCAGAUUACGUCAAACCCGCUUUACCGGCGCAUUACCGAGGAAACCCUGGACUACGUUCUUCGAGAGAUGACUGAUACGGCCGGGGGGUUUUAUUCGGCGCAGGACGCCGACAGCGAGGGUGUAGAGGGCAAGUUCUUCGUGUGGACGCCGGACGAACUGCGGGCGGCGUUGGGACCAGACGCCGAGCUGGUAAUGGGACAUUACGGCGUAACCGACCGAGGUAAUUUCGAGGGCGCCAACAUCCUCAACGUACCGAAGGAUCCAGAAGACUACGCCGAUGAGCGAGGGGUGAGCGAAGGCGAAUUGUCGGAGGCGGUGCAGCGCGCCAGAGCCACGCUGCUUGAGAUACGGGAAAGGCGGAUCCAUCCGCUUCUGGAUGACAAGGUGCUGACCGGAUGGAACGGAUUGAUGCUGAGAUCGUUCGCCGAAGCUGGAGCCGCCCUGAAUCGCGCAGAUUACCUGGACGCAGCCCGCAGGAACGCGGCAUUUUUGCUGGACUGCAUGCGGGACGAAAACGGUCGCAUCCUGAGAACCUGGCGUAACGGCCAGGCCAAACUGCUGGGGUACCUGGAAGACUAUGCGUGUUUGGCGGACGGGUUGCUGGCUUUGCACGAGGCUACGCUGGAAUCUCGGUGGUUGCGGGAAGCCAAUGAAGUCGCGAAAGGCAUUAUCGAACUGUUCUGGGACGAUACGGUUGGUGGGUUCUAUGACACCGGCAGCGAUCACGAAUCACUGAUGAUUCGGCCCCGGGAUGUGUUCGACAACGCACAGCCGUGUGGCGGUUCAGUGGCCACGGACGUGCUGCUUCGACUGGCCGUAAUCACCGGUAACGACGAUUUCGCGCCAGAGACGAAAGCUGCGACACCGAUCCGCGCAUUGCAACCGUUAUUGGGACGGGCGCCAUCAGCCACCGGGCACUGGUUGGGCGCAUUGGAUUUCUACGUGUCUCUGCCGAAAGAAAUAGUUAUUGUGGGCCCGGUAGAUGGCGAAGUUACCAGGGACAUGUUGGAGGAGGUUGGUAAGCGGUUCCUACCCAACCGCGUGUGGUCGGGUGUCGGCGACCGUCGUCCCGCCGCUGCUAAUCUCGUUACUGGAACAGCGGGAAAUGCAGGACGGAGCGCCCACCGCCUACGUUUGCCAGCAUUACGUCUGCCAACUACCGGUAACAACAGCGGCAGGGCUGGCAAACCAGCUUGA